UUCGCAGUCCCACAGAAGACGCUCGAGGAUCAAGAGCAUACCUUUGAGCGGAGCUCUUCUCCAAAAUGACCGCGUCUCGUUUGUGGAUUUUAAACCCUGGAGCGCGUUUUCUCCCCUGAUCACCGUCGGAGUCUCCCAUUCACGACAUGUCACCCGAAGCACUUCUGUGGCUCCUGCUCCUGUCGAGUCUUCACACCUGCUCCCUGACCAUGGAGUAUGAUGAAGACUUGGAGGACGUCACAGUCAACCAGAGGUUGGCUCCAAGAUCUCAGCAGAGCGACGCCACGGAGAUCCUCAACAGUCUGCUGAAGGAGUAUGACAGGAAGCUGCGACCUGACAUUGGAGUCAAACCCACCGUCAUCGAUGUGGACAUAUAUGUGAACAGCAUUGGACCGGUGUCAUCCAUAAACAUGGAAUAUCAAAUCGACAUCAUUUUCGCACAGACGUGGACCGACAGCCGCCUCAGAUACAACAGCACCAUGAAAAUAUUGACCCUGAACAGCAAUAUGGUGGGACUCAUCUGGCUCCCGGACACCAUCUUUAGAAACUCCAAAAAUGCUGACUCACACUGGAUUACGAUGCCAAACCAGCUCCUGAGAAUAUGGAAUGACGGGAAGAUCCUCUAUACACUGAGGUUGACAAUAAACGCCGAGUGUCAGUUGCAGCUGCACAACUUCCCCAUGGACGAGCACUCGUGUCCGCUCAUCUUCUCCAGCUACGGAUACCCACGAGACGAGAUGAUUUACAAGUGGAGGAAGAACUCUGUGGAGGCGGCUGACCAAAAGUCCUGGCGCCUUUACCAGUUUGAUUUCAUGGGUCUGAGAAACACCAGCGACAUCAUAAAGACAACAGCAGGGGACUAUGUCGUGAUGACGGUGUACUUCGACUUGAGCCGGAGAAUGGGCUACUUCACCAUCCAGACGUACAUCCCAUGCAUCCUCACCGUCGUCCUGUCUUGGGUGUCUUUCUGGAUCAAAAAAGAUGCGACUCCAGCCAGAACUGCUUUAGGUAUCACCACUGUCCUGACGAUGACCACGCUCAGCUCUGUGGCCCGGACCUCACUGCCCAGAGUGUCCUACGUCACAGCCAUGGACCUUUUUGUCACCGUCUGCUUCCUCUUUGUUUUUGCUGCUCUGAUGGAGUACGCGACUCUGAAUUACUACUCCUACAACACCCGGAGACACGGUUACAUCAGGAGACGGAACUACUCGGUGCUGGACGUGAGGCGCCCUCCGCCUGUGGUCGCGCUCAACAACUCCAUGUACUGGCAGGACUUCGAGGACAACGGCGUCUAUGAAUGUCUGGAUGGGAAAGACUGCCAGAGCUUCUUCUGCUGCUACGAGGAGUGCAAAGACGGAGGCUGGCGACGAGGACGCGUCCACAUCGACUUGCUGGAACUGGACGCCUACUCUCGGGUUUUCUUCCCAACCUCGUUCCUGCUCUUUAAUGUGGUCUACUGGGUGGGAUACCUCUACCUUUAGCACACUGUCCGUACGUGAAGGUAACAGCAGUGGAUUGAUGGAGUCAGUAAAACCGUGUUCACACAGACAGGAUGCUGCCGACAGUCUGGAGACACGGAGGUAUGUUUUUGCACUGCUCCACAAAACCUCUCAGAGAGCGGAAGGGAAAAAGCUAUUGUUGGAAUGUACGUCACUUUUUUCUAUCAGACUGUAGAUGAAAAACCAAGGACACUCAGACCAUUCAUAGUGCCUUCCUCUGGAGGGGUAGAUGCUAUCGUCAAUAACAAUCAGGGAAUCACUGUUUAUACAUCAAACAAGUCGCUUUGACGGCGACUGGUUUUCAGUAUAUAAUUAAUGGUGCCACAUGGAGAGUUUCAGUUAGUCACUUUUGUCACCACUCAGACUAAUAAAGCGCUUUAAUCAUCGAACCUUUAACAUGAUCACUGUAUUGCUUUAGUGCUGACAGGACUGAGAAAAACAUCUUUAGGCUGAUACAUUUUGAGGAUUGGUUAGAAUUGGCUUCAUAAGAAAACAUUAUCUAUAAUGUGUUGUAGAACUGCUGUUGAAGUGUGUGUGUGUUUGUGCGACCUUAUUGAAUACAUUGCUACAGUGCUCUUGAUGACCAGUGAAAGUGUAUUAAAUAUGAAUUAUUAUCUCUCUUAGUCAGUCUCAAGCUCUGAAAAAAACUACAAGUCCACAGUUAUGUUCUUAUGAUAGUUUAAAAUUCAAUUCCUGAUGGCCAGUUUCUGAAAUUUCAAUACAUGUUUCUGUUGUAGGCCAAGAUUGAAACCACUCGAUCGCUUAACCAAACUCAGGCAGUUCUGCAGUUCAGUUUUUUUUUUGUUUUUUUAAGCUGCAUGUGUCUUCACCUGCACAGAAUUAGUAUGCACAUGAUGGCACCAAAAGUUUGUUUGUUUUUAAUUAUAUGAAAUAACAAAAUUGCAGAGCUAAGCAGCACGGUGGAGGAGUGCAGCCUGAGAGCAAGGAAAAUUUACAUCAGUUUCCUCCCACAGUCAAGAAACACAGAUCUUGAUUAAAAUCUCAAAAUUCUCAGUAUUGUCCAUAAAUGUGAGCGUGUGUGGGUGUGUGAGUCCUUGUCUGCCUCUCGCCCUGACUAGCUGGGCCACUUAUGUCUCUGUGAUGGUAAAAGCACUGAAAAAUAUGUCCCAUGAAAUGCUGAACUUUAGAAAAAGGAUUCUGGCGUAAACAUUGUUAUGGUCUCUUGCGUGUUAUUAAAUGGAUAGUUUCUAUGCUUUGAGAUCUCACUGUGUGAAUAUAAACAGUGGCAAUGUUGAGUAUUAGUAUAAUUGAACAUUUGGAAAAGAUAAAAAUAAAA